ACCCUAGUUGUGCAAAGAACUUUAUAAAGCAAAGUAAUCAUCCGCAGCAACACAGUUAAAUUUUCGUAAAUAACUAAAAAACUUGUUAGUUUCGGUUUUAAAUAAACUAAAAAUAUAAAAGAAGAAAACUACAACAAAAUGGUACGACGUGGACGUUCUGCUAGCCCCCCACCAUCAGCCAGACGCAGCGCACCGCCGCAGGCUCGCGCCGCCCCACCACCACAGGCACAUGUGCCUGCACGUGCCGCACCACCACCGGCGGCACCCAUGGCCGCCGCACCGCCCAGCGCCGUUGGCAUGCCGGCACCACAGCAGCCAUCGAUGUUCCAGCAAAUGGCUGCCACCGCUGGAGGCGUUGCCGUUGGCUCAGCGAUUGGCCACACUGUCGGCCAUGGAUUGACAUCAAUGUUCAGCGGCUCUGGCGAUAAGGAGGCCGCAGCGCCAGCCGCUGCCGCGCCAGUUCAACAGCAGCAGCAGCCAUACUAUGCGCAGCCGGCACAGGGUGCCAAUGAGCCACAGGGUGCAUGCGCCUGGGAAAUUAAACAGUUCCUGCAAUGCGCCCAGGGUCAAUCGGAUCUGUCGCUGUGCGAGGGCUUCAAUGAGGCGCUUCGACAGUGCAAGGUGCAGCAUCAUCUCCAAUAAAUGACAACUAGAACAUCAACAACAACAAUAACAACAAAAUCGAACACAAAAAACAACACAAAUAAUCUUCUCAUCGAUUGAUGGCGAAAAUGUUGAGCUGACGUUGUUUUUUCUUUCCUUUGUGUUUUUUUUUUUUUUGUUUUUUUUGUUCGUUUCAAUUAGUUUUACAUAUAUUAUCAAUGGAUAUUGUUAAUCAGA